GCUGGAUGGGAGGGGGUGCCGUACGGAGUGGUCCUCACCCCCCUCGCUCUCGGAUGCUGCGGCCGAGCUCCUCCUCCUCCUCCUCCUAAGAUGUCGCAGGAGCUGCUCCGCUCUCCGCGGCGGUGCGUCUCUCUCCUCCGCGUGUUUAUCCCCCGGAGACCGUAGAGUCCGGCCGCGCCAGCCGGGAGCAGUGCACCCUGUCCGGUCACACGGACCGGCCCGCUCCCUUCCUCACAGCGGAGACCACCGCAGAUCUCCACCGAGCCUCCACCAGGUGACGGCGCCGGAGCGGAAUAUUCAUCAGCACCGCCGCCGUCGUCGUCUUUCAUCCUUCCGCUCCUCCGGACUCCAGGAGACGGGAGCUGCCGCAUCCCCGCAUCCGCCUCCCUCACCCCGCACCCUCUCCCCCGCUCCCCCACCCCCUGCUGGAUCCUGCCAUCCGGUUCGGGACGUUCUCCGCUCCACGCACACGCAGAUUAACGGGGAUUCUGCCUCCCCGCCCGCGCACUGAUGCUGAUGUCCUUGAGCUCGGCCUGCAUGGUCCUGGAGCUGCAGCUGCAGUAGCUGCCUCUGAACUGGGCCUGCCUCCUGCUUCUGAGUGAUCAGCAACCUUCGCCCCUCUCUCCAUCUGUCCAUCUCCUCUUCAUCUCAGGCCCGCCGCCCGCUGCCCGCCCAUGGACCGGCCGUGACCCUGGAGGGAGGGGGACCGACUCAAGGAAAAAGUGGAGUCACAGAGGAGACGAAGGAAAAGAAAGCUGGACUCAUUCAGACGUCACGCUUCUGAAGUGGUCCUGCUUCACCCUCCUCACCCUGCUCCCCCGCCCCCCGGUAUGGAGACCUAGAGGAGCAGUAGGAGGUCAGGCCGAGACGAGAGGAGAAACAUUAAAGCAGCCGUUCAUCGAGAGUCAAAGAGGAGUGGCGCUUCAGAAACACGUCCAGAUAAAAGAGCGCAUGAACACGCCGUCAGCCGGACCACGGAGGAGGACCAGAACGCCGACGUAAGCCUUCCUGACAUGUCAACAACAGCAACCAUGGGCGAGAUGGCCAACAGCGCUGUGGAGUUUUACCCCAAAGGGACUCGAGGCCGGGCCGGAGGAGGACGGGCAGACGGCAGCCUCGCAGGGGGGGACUUUGGGGUCACGGUGCAGGAGCUGAGGGAGCUGAUGGAGCUCCGAGGUUCAGAAGCUCUACAGAAGAUCCAAGAUGGCUACGGAGACACCGAGGGCCUCUGCCAGAGACUACAGUCCAGCACCACCGACGGUCUCAGCUGUGACCCGGCAGACCUGGAGCGUCGACGCCAGACUUUUGGCUGCAACUUCAUUCCCCCGAAGAAGCCCAAGACCUUCCUGGAACUGGUGUGGGAGGCCCUGCAGGACGUCACCCUCAUCAUCCUGGAGGCUGCUGCCAUCAUCUCACUUGGUCUCUCCUUCUAUCAGCCACCUGGGAAGGAAAGUGAAUUGUGUGGAGAUGUGAGCGGGGGAGCGGAGGACGAAGGGGAAGCUGAUGCUGGCUGGAUUGAGGGUGCCGCCAUCUUGUUGUCCGUUGUGUGUGUCGUCCUGGUGACGGCGUUCAACGACUGGUCCAAAGAAAAGCAGUUCCGGGGUCUACAGAGUCGGAUUGAGCAGGAGCAGAAGUUCACCGUGGUGCGGAAAGGAAACGUCAUCCAGAUCCCGGUGGCCGACAUGGUGGUGGGGGACAUGGCGCAGGUCAAAUACGGUGACCUGCUGCCAGCUGAUGGCAUCCUGGUCCAAGGCAACGACCUGAAGAUCGACGAGAGCUCGCUGACCGGAGAGUCUGACCACGUACGCAAGUCUGUAGACAAGGACCCCAUGCUGCUCUCAGGAACUCAUGUGAUGGAGGGCUCAGGCAGGAUGCUGGUGACCGCCGUCGGCGUCAACUCUCAGACGGGCAUCAUCUUCACUCUACUUGGUGCAGGAGAGAUGGAGGAGGAGGGAAAAGAGAAGAAAGAGGACAGUACUCAGUUGGUCAUCUCUUCAGAUGCCAGCAACAGCACAGUCACCAAUGGAAAACAAGCUGACGGAGCAGUGGAGAACAAUCAGAAUAAAGCCAAGAAGCAGGAUGGGGGUGUUGCCAUGGAGAUGCAACCCCUGAAGAGUGCAGAGGGAGGAGAGGUGGAGGACCGAGAGAAGAAGAAGACCAGCGUUCCAAAGAAAGAGAAAAGCGUGUUGCAGGGCAAGCUCACCAAACUGGCCGUUCAGAUAGGCAAAGCAGGUUUGGUGAUGUCGGCCAUCACCGUCAUCAUUCUUGUGCUGUACUUCGUCAUCAACACGUUUGUUGUUAAAGGACACGUGUGGCUGCCCGAGUGCACUCCCAUUUACAUCCAGUACUUCGUCAAGUUCUUCAUCAUUGGAGUCACGGUGCUGGUGGUGGCGGUCCCGGAGGGCUUACCGCUCGCCGUCACCAUCUCUCUGGCUUAUUCCGUCAAGAAAAUGAUGAAGGACAACAACCUGGUUCGACAUCUGGAUGCGUGUGAGACGAUGGGCAACGCCACGGCCAUCUGCUCCGACAAGACCGGCACCCUCACCACCAACCGCAUGACGGUGGUGCAGGCGUACAUAGGUGAAGUGCACCACCGUGUGAUCCCCGACCCCGGACAGCUCAACACUCGGACUUUGGACCUGCUAGUCAACGCCAUCUCCAUCAACAGCGCCUACACCUCCAAGAUCUUACCGCCGGAUGUGGAGGGGGGUCUCGCCAAGCAGGUGGGCAACAAAACCGAGUGCGGCCUGCUGGGAUUCGUUUUAGACCUUCAGCGAGACUAUGCCCCUGUGAGAGAGCAGAUCCCAGAGGAGAAGCUGUACAAGGUGUAUACAUUCAACUCAGUGCGCAAGUCUAUGAGUACGGUCAUCAAACUUCCUGAUGGUUCCUUCCGUCUCUACAGCAAAGGAGCCUCUGAGAUCAUGCUGAAGAAGUGUUCCUACCUUCUAGAUGCCAAUGGAGAACCUCGCAGCUUCCGUCCACGAGACAGAGACGAGAUGGUCAAACAGGUGAUUGAGCCAAUGGCGUGUGAGGGUCUGAGGACCAUCUGCAUCGCUUACCGGGAUCUGUCACCGAAUCCAGAACCUGAAUGGGACAACGAGGCAGAAAUAGUGACGGAGUUGACCUGCAUCACCGUGGUUGGAAUAGAAGACCCCGUCCGACCCGAGGUGCCUGAGGCCAUCCGGAAGUGUCAGCGUGCAGGCAUCACCGUGCGGAUGGUAACUGGUGACAACAUAAACACAGCCCGGGCCAUAGCUGCCAAAUGUGGCAUCAUCCACCCUGGAGAUGACUUCAUCUGUCUGGAGGGCAAAGAGUUCAACCGACGAAUCAGGAACGAGAAAGGGGAGAUCGAACAGGAACGCAUCGACAAAAUCUGGCCCAAGCUGCGCGUGCUGGCUCGGUCCUCACCAACGGACAAGCACACACUGGUCAAAGGCAUCAUUGACAGCAGCGUCGUAGAACAGAGGCAGGUUGUCGCGGUAACGGGAGACGGGACUAAUGACGGGCCAGCUUUGAAGAAGGCUGAUGUUGGCUUCGCCAUGGGCAUCGCAGGGACAGACGUGGCCAAAGAGGCGUCCGACAUCAUCCUGACUGAUGACAACUUCAGCAGCAUUGUCAAGGCGGUGAUGUGGGGACGAAACGUCUACGAUAGCAUCUCCAAGUUCCUGCAGUUCCAGCUCACCGUCAACGUAGUGGCUGUCAUCGUGGCCUUCACCGGAGCCUGCAUCACUCAGGACUCUCCUCUGAAGGCGGUGCAGAUGCUUUGGGUCAACCUGAUCAUGGACACGUUUGCGUCUCUGGCCCUGGCCACCGAGCCCCCCACCGAAGCGCUGCUGUUACGAAAGCCCUACGGUCGGAACAACCCGCUCAUCUCGCUGACUAUGAUGAAGAACAUCCUGGGUCAUGGAGUCUACCAGCUGGUCAUCAUCUUCACUCUGCUGUUCAUAGGCGAGCGCAUGUUUAACAUCGACAGCGGCCGCAACGCGCCUCUCCACUCGCCACCCUCUGAGCACUACACCAUCAUCUUCAACACCUUCGUCCUCAUGCAGCUUUUCAACGAGAUCAACGCUCGCAAGAUCCACGGGGAGAGGAACGUCUUUGACGGCAUCUUCUCUAAUCCCAUCUUCUGCUCCAUCGUUCUGGGGACCUUCGCCGUGCAGAUUGUGAUCGUGCAGUGGGGAGGGAAGCCCUUCAGCUGCGCCCCUCUCAACAUGGAGCAGUGGCUCUGGUGUCUGUUCGUGGGAGUGGGAGAGCUUCUCUGGGGGCAGGUGAUCGCCACCGUGCCGACGGAGCGACUACCGUGUUUGAAGGAGGCGGGGCUUGGCCUGGAGCCCGGGGAGGAGGAAGGAGAGGAGCUGGCGGAGGAUGAGGAGGAGAUCGACUGCGCUGAGAGAGAGCUCCGCCGUGGACAGAUCCUCUGGUUCAGAGGCCUGAACCGGAUCCAGACCCAGAUGCGGGUGGUGAAAGCGUUCCGUAGUUCGCUCUACGACGGCUGCGAGAAACCAGAAUCCCGCAACUCCAUCCACAACUUCAUGGCCCACCCAGAGUUCCUCAUCAACGACCUCAUCCACAACAUCCCGCUGAUCGACGACACCGACGUGGAUGACGAAUCAGAGCUCAGCAGAUACCAGCACCUUCACCCUGCCCUCCGCAAGCCGCCGCCUCCUCCUGCCCAGCCCCCCGCCCGCAUCCGGCCCACCCGUCCGUACCGCCAGUACAGCCUCCCGGUGACACCGUGCAACAGAAACAACAACAACAACAGCAGCAGCAGCGACUCCACGGUUACCCACGGUAACAGACUCAGAGUCACCAAAGUCCUCCCUGCAACCCGGAGCCGCCAUCACAACCAGCCCGCUAGACUCUGUGCUCCUCACCCGCCACAUCUCUUCUGUGUGGAGACCUCCUUAUGACUGGUGGAGACAAGGGGGAGGGAGGGAGGGAGGGAGGAGGACUGAUGAUGACAUUUUCCUCCAGCCUACCUCACGAUGAGCUCACAGCAGGGAGCGCGGGACGAGGGAGAGGACAAUGACCGGAGACGUCUCGUCUGCUCACAGGUCCUGGAGAACAACUUCUACUUCCUUCAUCCCUCCCCUCUCCUCAUCCACCUGGCUCCGCCCAUCCUUACCUGUCACACUCGCUGUCGCUGUUCUGAGUUAAAGUCCGGGGGGGGGGACUUGCAUCAUCAUUACUGCCACGACCACCGUCACACACCUGACUCCAGACUUUCUCAUUCCCAUCUGUGUGUGUGUGUGUGUGUGUGUUAGGACAUAGGAAAGACUGCGGUGGGGCAUCGCCCAUGUUCACCAAGCUCCAUCAGUCCCCAAAUGCCACCCCACCUCCACGUGACCUUUGACCUGUUAUGACAGGAGUGUGUGGGAUGUCUCGUUGUCUUCUCUCUUGCUGGUCCUCCCUCUUGUCGACGUGUGUGUGUGUGUGUGUGUGUGUGUGAGGGAGAGAGGGGGCUUCUUUCUUUUUGGAGGAAAGCUGAACGCAGGAGCAUUAACCCUUUAAGCGCCAUCAGACACACACGAUGCACAGGCGACGGCCCUUUAAGGCGAACUCGUUUAGCUUCACGCCGCUGGGUCGCCUCCACCUCGAAGAGAUGUGAUGUUUAGUUUGAUCUGUUGGAUGUUAAACCUCAGCCGUCAUCAGUCUGUGGCUCAGGAGCGAGCCCGUGUCCCGCCCUCAUCGUGACGUGUCGUUACGGGUCGAUCCUGAAGGUUGGAGGAGGACAGCGCCGCCCUGGAGCCUCUGGAUCAGUGCCGGGCCCUAACGCUUGAUCACAAGCCUUUACUAGACGUAAAACAGUGCACUGGUGACUAAAGCCGUCUUACGUGUAGUCAGCUCUGACGUACCUGGGAGCGUCAGCGGUGAGCUGUUGGUGUUGCCGAGGGUGGAACGAGGCACGAGCAGGACUCAUGACCUUCGCACAAAAACCCAGGAGCCCGGCGUGACCUGACCCACCAGACCCCAGGGUCUCUGCAGAACGCUGUACGCACCUGGCGUAGGUUAAUGUUCUCAUGUUAGCUGGGGGUUGUUGUGAUCUGGAGGCUAAAACACGAAUUUGGGAUCGCCGGUUCUCCUCCAACUUUCCUCACGGAAGCAUCCCAUCUGCUAAAACGUGGCUCCAAGAUCCUUCUGCUCCAGAAGCCUGGGCCCUAAAGGGCUCUGCUUGUUAGUCCUCACACGGCUGCUCAUGGGUCCAGCUGUCCCAACAUUCCCAUGGAUCAUACAUUCCAAACCACAUUCCAGACCAGGACUGAGCCCCCAUCUCUCAUCUGUAACCCUCGUUGCACUAGGUGUGGGAAACCACUGAUGUCAUUUUGCCUCAGAACGCGACAUCCCCCCCCCUCAGCGAGUCUCACACCUGUCCUAGUCGUGUUUCAGGUCGGUAGGGCUCUCUGGGAUCACCCUCACCUGUACAGAACUCUUGUCUUCUCGGACGCUCUUCGUCUUCAUCAUCAUCGCCAUCGUCGCCUGACUCGUCGGCGCAGCGGGGGGGUGACCCUGUAUCAGUCUGCAUGCAUUUGGUAUCAUUAAUGUCACUCUUUAUGUGUUGGUAAAUCAUUUAGGCAACUGUCACUUCUGUGUGCUGUUCUCUCUCCACACCUGCUUCCUUCCUCUUUAUCUCACACACACACCUGGAAUAAAACCCUGCUCUAGUUUAUCUGAGACGCACCGACCCAACAGACAUCUGCCCGUCCAGCCACGUUAGGUCGUGACAGCUUCACAGGAGAACCACGGUGUGAAAAGAACAUCAGAAUGAUCACGUGUCCAACUGCACCACAGCUGUACAGACCGCCCAGGUGUGCGUCUCAUUUACAGGUGCGAUGCUCCUGCUCCACAUGUUUGCUUUUGUAAAGAGGGGGACAACAAAACGGAGGCGCUUGUAUAUUAUGAUUUUCUCCAGCACAGGUGGAGAAACAGUUGCACAUUCUCCUGAGCAGGGCUGUGUUUUCUGUCCUCCCAACAGCCGAGGAGUCGUUUUGAUGUGGGGGGGUGACGCAGAGCUAGAGAACGCAGAAGUGCAGCGCGUCAUCACACCGCUGUUUAGGCUGCUCUUGUAGAUCUGCCACCAGACCUUACUGCCAUGCUGGGAGGGGCACUAAUCACCCAUCAUACACACCGCUGUAAAUAUGCAUGGCACCCCCCCAUAGCCAGCUGUUCCUGCAGACAGAAAACACAGCCUCAGCUCCUCGGCUGUGCUAAAAUACUUUUAAAAGACCAAAAAAAGUAAAAAAGAAGCAAAAGUAAAGAAAACAUAAAGACUAUAUUAAAGAGUUACCUGCCUGUUAUUUAAGCCCAUAAAUACCUAUAUAUGAGGAAGAACACACCUGUAUACUGUAGACUAAAUCUGUACUGAAAUCUAAGAGAAUUUAAUGGGAAAUAAGUCCAACACCUUUUGUCUGUAUGAAAGAAAAUACUUCUAAAUAUUCUACAAUAAUAACUUUGACAAAGUC